UCACGUCAUGCCAGUAUAGUCUUACGGCACUUGGAUUUUGACGUGUGACAGCAAAUUGCAACCGCACAGUUGCAGUUUGAUAGUGUUUCGAAAAUAAAGACAGUCGGUAAUGAAAUAGUGAUAAAAAUGGCAGAGAGUAAAGGUGCGUUAAUCGCGAAAUCAGUGCAAAAACAUGCUGGACGUGCAAAGGAGAAGCUGCUUCAAAAUCUGGGCAAAGUAGACCGGACGUUGGACGACAUCUUCGAAGAUCACCUACAAAACUUCAACCGGCAGCACCAGCAAGCAACGAGGCUGCAAAAGGAAUUCAACAAUUACAUACGAUGCAUACGUGCGGUACAAACAGCAUCAAAGACGCUAAUGGAGGCGAUAACAGAGGUGUACGAGAGCAGUUGGUCGGGCCACGACUUGCUGUAUGUUCAAGCUCAAAACAUGGAAAUGCUUUGGCAGGACUUCUCGCACAAGCUCGGCGACCAAGUUUUGAUACCUAUCAACACAUACACAAACCAGUUCCCUGAAGUUAGGAAAAAAAUCGAAAAACGUGGAAGGAAGCUUGUAGACUAUGACAGCCAGAGGCAUAGUUUCCAGAACUUGCAGGCAAACGCUGCAAAGAGAAGGGACGAUGUUAAGAUAACCAAAGGCCGGGAACAAUUAGAGGAAGCAAAACGCACAUACGAAGUACUAAACUCCGAACUCCAUGACGAACUGCCAGCACUAUUCGACUCACGCGUACUGUUCUAUGUCAACAACUUGCAGACGUUGUUCUCAGCGGAGCAGCUGUUCCAUUCGGAGAGCUCGAAGGUGUUCCUGGAGCUGGAGGCCAUCACGGACAAGCUGGCGACGGAGAGCCAGCGCGGCGGAUACCGCAAGCCGGCAAUCAAACCCGCCACCAACGGAGCCACCGACACGCUGCAGACGCCGCCCUCCCCCGCGCUCAACGGCGACCCCCCCGGCCCGCCGGCCACCCCCCCGCGCGACGCGCCCAAGCCGCCCGCGCGCGAGCUGUCCGCCAGCCCCGCCGCGUCGCCCGACGGCUCCGACGAGCGGAAGGUGGAGGAGUUGUACGACAUACCUGUCGGGUCGCCGGAAAUGCCAGAGAAAAUGAACAAUAACAUCGAGGAAAAGAGACAAGUAGAGGAUGACAAAGAUAAAGAGCAAGAACCAGAACAAGAGAAAGAUAAAGAUAAAGAAAAGGAAAAAGAAAAAGAAAAGGAAGUCGAUAAGAAAGAUACGGAAAAAGAUAAUCAAACGGCGAAGAACGAAGACGUUUACGAUAUACCAGUGGGAGCCACGCUGUCGGGCCUUCCGGCGGGGACGCUGUACCGCGUGCGCGCCACGUACCGCUACACGCGCGAGGACAGCGACGAGCUGUCCUUCGAGGUCGGUGACGUCAUCCGCGUCGUGGAGUACGACGACCCUGACGAGCAGGAGGAGGGCUGGCUAAUGGGCAUAAAGGAAACGACCAAUGAAAAGGGCAUGUUCCCAGCAAACUUUACGCGACCCAUCUGAGCGGCUCCUUCAAACACGUCGCUAUACUAGUUCUAUAGCGCGGACGCUCACCUGUAUAGACACGAGCAAUCCCUUUAACUCGAUCGUAGAGGGCGUAACGCGCAAAGUGUUCUGAAUAAUCCAAAAAUUAAUAAAUUUUAACCUCCGUUCAAUAUUACUCUUUUCAAUGUUUUACAACGUUCACGACACUUUGCGUAUUGUUUAAUUAUUAGUAUAGUUGUUGAGCGUUAUUAGAUAUAUAUUAUUUAUUAUCCGUGUUGUAUUACAACGAAUCUUUUACCCUUUCACUUAAUUAAAUUUUUCAUAUGGCAACAUUAAUAUUGUCUAUCAAAGUAUGACCACUUGGUGUUGCUAUUGAGUAUUAUAUCGAAGCUUUGUAUUUGAGAUGUGCUUUUGUUUUAUAAAACCAUUACUAAACCACAUAUCUUUGACCUUAGUAAUUUUUAUGUACUGUAUAUUUUUGAUGAAUUUUAUGAAAUUAUUGUAAUAUAAAAAUGUCUAAAAUUGCUCAUUUGUAAUUGUUAAAAUAGAUAAAACUAAUGGAAAGUGACCUUAAAUUUAUCUAAUUUAUAUAUUUAAAACAAAUAUCAUAUUCUCUGAUAUAUAAUUCUUCCGAAAGUUUAACUUCGAAAUAAAAUAUUUAUUCCUAAUACAAGAAUCGUAUUUAAUAAAAUUAAUUAUUCUAUAUUGAAAUUUAAAACAAAAAAAAAAUACUAUGAAAGGAGAUUAAUAUUUUGUUUUCUUAUAAUUUAUGCUAAUUUGUUCUUAAUUAUAAUUCUGAUAAUUGCAUUUUAUUUACUUGAUAUCAAUGUCGGGUUGCAUUUGAACUAGUUUGACUGUUUAUUUAUUUUUUAAUCUAUCCAAUAUUUCCCUUAAUCAUAAUCUAUAGACUUUUAUAUAUAAUCUGUAUAUGACACAUAGAUAACUUUAACUUCGGAACAAAUUCAGUCAUAGAAUCGUAUUAUUGUAUAUCUUUUCGAGUCUAUACGUUUUCUUUUAUGUCAUUACCAUUCUUUUAGUUUUAGUGUACAUAAAAUGUUUUUAGUUGUUGACCCUUUAUUGUUAAAUCAAUUAUUUUAUUCAUAGCAAGUAAUUUAAUCAAAUACAUAUUUUAUCUGUAAACUUGCUUUUUUAAGUUAUUAAUUUCACUUAUUGUUUUAACCCUAUUAGUGAACUGAUUACUAAUAUUUAUUAGCUGUGGAUUCUUAAUAUUAACGAAAGAUAGAUGUUUUUCAAUUAUUUAAAUUAUUUUUUAUUUUUCAUAAUAAUAAUGUAGAAUAUUCAAAGAAGUUGACAAUAAAAAACAUCAAUAUCUGUCUGAGAAUAUAAAUAAAAUGAUAUAAUAGAACAAUAUUUCAACAAACAAACAGAAAUAUUAUACUCAAAAUAUAAAUAACAUGUGUCAAAAAUGGUGCUUUCGGGUGUAUAUACAUAAUCAUCUUCACGUAUACCACAUUAGAAAUAAGAUAAAAAGUUUGAUUAUUUUUAUUGAUCACAAAGUAUAAUCGAAUUCUCCCAUUUCUUAUUAUGAUUGUAUACUUUUUAAAGGUACGCAGUGUAACAGUUGUAGCGAUGAGUGAAAGUUCUUUAAAAAGCAAUAGUGAAGUCAAAAGCCAUAAGAUCAUAUUUUCCUUAGACUAUCUUCAAUCUUCGAAAAAAAAAAAAAAAUCAAAUGACUGAUGUUAAUAUAGGAAUUGAGAAUAUAAAUUCUAUGUAGUCUAAGCGCGACG